AUGGCCCCGAAGAAGGCGGCGCCGAAGAAGGCGGCAGCGGCUGAAGCGCCGAAAGGCUACGACUAUUCUGGCCUCGAGCCUGGGAUGAGGGUCUUGGUCGAGUACGAGGAAAGAUGGUACAGCUGCACGGUCACCACGGUCUCCAAGGCCAAGGGCAAGGCUAAAGCCCCUGUCCAAGUGUCCUACGUCGGCCACGAAGGAUUCGACGAGUGGGUCUCUGGAGACAGGAUCCGCUCGAAGGCGCUGAAGUCCGUCGGGGCCGAGGCGCCCAAGGCCGCGGCCAAGGGCAAGGCGGCGCCGGCGGAGAAGGCCUCGGUGCCCGCGGCUGCCACUGCCACGAAGCUCUUCGACUACUCUGGCCUCGAGCCAGGGAUGCGGGUGCAGGCAGAGUUCGAAGGCAAGUGGUAUGCUGCCGAGGUGCUCUCGGUCUCGAAGGCCAAGGCGAAGGCCAAAGCUCCGGUCAAGGUGUCGUUCGCGGGCCAUGAGGGCAUGGAUGAGUGGGUCGCGGGAGACAGGCUCCGGUCGAAGGCGGCGCCGGCGGAGAAGGCCUCGGUGCCCGCGGCUGCCACUGCCACGAAGCUCUUCGACUACUCUGGCCUCGAGCCAGGGAUGCGGGUGCAGGCAGAGUUCGAAGGCAAGUGGUAUGCUGCCGAGGUGCUCUCGGUCUCGAAGGCCAAGGCGAAGGCCAAGGCUCCGGUCAAGGUGUCGUUCGCGGGCCACGAGGGCAUGGACGAGUGGGUCGCGGGAGACAGGCUCCGGUCGAAGGCACUCGUUGCUAAGGCCAAGGCCGAGCCCAAGGCCAAGGGGGAGCCCAAGGCCAAAUCCAAGGACAAGGCCGAGCCCAAGGCCAAGGCCGAGCCUAAGGCAAAGUCCAAGGCCACUGCCGAGCCCACGGCCGAUAAGAAACCUACCUAUGAUUAUUCCGGCCUCGAGAAAGGGAUGGCCUUGCAGGUGGAGUCAGAUGGCGUUUGGUACGCUGGCGAGGUGAUGACAGUGUCCAAGGCGAAGGCGAAGGUCAAGGCUCCUGUGCAAGUGUCCUUCAGGGGCUACGACGGCAGCGAGUGGGUCGCCGGAGACAGGCUUCGGUCCAAGGCGCUGGUGAAGGUCGUGGCGGCAGAGGUGGAGACCAAGUCGAAGAAGACGCCAGAAGCGAAGGCCAAGCCGAAGGCGAAGGAGGCGAAGGAGACGACGACGAAGCCGUCGAGGGAGCCCAUGACCUUCACUUACUUCAACGUCUGGGCGAAGGGGCCCGCCAUCGCCCUCGCCCUCAGCCACGCAGGGCUGGAGUGGAAGGGGGUCUUCCAGGAGCUCGAGGCCUGGGGCGACAUGAAGCCGAAGACGCCCUGGGGCGCGCUGCCCAUCCUCGAGGUGCCAGGGGCUGGCACGUUCGGGCACGAGCUGGCCAUCCUGAGCUACUUGGCGAAGAUCUCCAAAAAGGCGGGGGGCUUCACGACGAAGGACUACAUGAUCUCCCAGCAGCUGGUCUCCGAGUCGGAGGAGAUCUACGAGGCCCUGGUUCGGGUGCAGCCCACGAAGUUCAAUAAGGACAAGCCGAAGGAGGCGUGCGACGAGUUCUGGACUGGUACCGAGGCCGAGCCGACCAAGCUCAGGCUUCAGCCGCUCAAGGUUUUCCUGGGGCUCUUGGAGAAGUUCCACGCAGGGACUGGCUACGACGCCGGGAAGUUCACCAAGUCUGGGGUGACCGUCGGCGAGUGCAAGCUCUUUGCGACCCUCCACGUCCUGAAGAGCAUCAAG